UCUGUUUUACUUUAACAAGCAGUGUUUUCCAUUUCUUUGUAUAUAUAUAUAUUUUUUUCUCUGGGUUUUGCUUUUAGAGCUUUGUUGACCCUUUCUCAAUAUUACACAUGACGACAACAGCAUUUUUUUCAAUAAAAGGUCGCAAUGCAAAAUGAAACAUAAAAAAUAAAAACCCGAGUAACUCGUCAUCUUUAAAGCCCCUCCAGCAUUAUCUUUCCCUCCAACCACCUUACUCUCUUUCUUCCCUCUCUUAAAAAAAAAAACAAAAGAAAAACAUUGUUUCUGUCCCUGAACUACUGCUCUUUUUCGUGUUCUUUGAAUUGUUUUUUUGGAGAUAUUAAUUACCCCACAAUUAGAGAAAGAGUAACUGUGUUCUGCUUGCUUAAAACAUGGCGUUUGUUGAAUCACUGUCAAAGACUGCCUCUGUUUUUGUUUUCGGUUUUGUGCUGUUGAAUUGCUUUGUUGUGGAAAAGUUUAGAUCUCAUGCCCAAGAAGUGACCCCACUCUUGCCACAUGAUGAAGUGCAAAUCCUUCAAACAAUAUCCGACAAACUGAAAAACAACAAUUGGACGACAAUCGAUCGAACUUCCUGCAGUAGCGCACAGUGGAAGCUGUACAUCAGCGACCCCCCCAAAAAUGACAGAAUUCAAAGCAAUGUUACAUGUGACUGUACAUUUGAAAAUAACACCGUCUGUCAUGUCAUCAGCUUCAAGCUGAAGGGUUUUAAUCUGACUGGAGUUCUACCAGUGGAAUUUCGAAAUCUGACCCAACUGCUCGAAAUUGAUCUCUCUCGCAACUACUUAAAUGGAUCAAUCCCAGGAAGUCUAGCUGAGCUCCCAAACCUUCAGAGUUUGUCUCUUCUGGCAAACCGUCUCUCCGGUUCAAUUCCUAGGGAAAUUGGUAGCUUUACGACUCUGAAGUCCCUGGUCCUGGAAGAUAAUCUACUAGGAGGGUCUCUUCAUCCAGACCUGGGAAAUUUGAAAAGCUUGGAGAGACUUCUUCUUUCCGCAAACAAUUUUUCAGGAACAAUACCAGACACAUUUGGCAAUUUAAAGAAUUUAAAUGAUUUUAGGAUAGAUGGAAGUGAACUGUCAGGGAAGAUACCUGACUUUAUUGGGAACUGGACCAACAUUACAACAUUGGAUUUGCAAGGAACAUCCAUGGAGGGUCCUAUUCCCUCUACCAUUUCACUGUUAAAAGAAUUAACAAUUUUGAGAAUAUCGGAUUUGAAAGGAUCUAGUUCAACUUUCCCUGAUCUGAAAUAUAUGACAAAAAUGGAAAAACUGAUUCUGAGAAAUUGCUCAAUGACUGGUUCAAUCCCAGAAUACCUUGGAAAUAUGGCAGACCUAGAUACUCUAGAUCUGAGCUUUAACAAGUUGACAGGCCAGAUUCCUGGCCCGUUAGAGAGUUUGACAAAUAUAAAGUUCAUGUUUCUGAAUAACAACUUACUAACCGGAGAAGUGCCUGCUUGGAUAUUGGAAAGCAGGAAAGAACUGGAUUUAUCUUACAACAAUUUUACUGGAUCAGCUGAGCAAAGUUGUCAACAGCUACCAGUGAACUUAGUUUCUAGUCAUGUGUCAACUGGGAGCAACAAGAUUUCUUGGUGCUUGAACAAGGACCUUGUUUGCACAAGAAAAUCUCAAUACCAUUCCUUGUUCAUAAACUGUGGAGGGAGCAGUGAGACUGUUGGUGAUAAUGAAUAUGAAGACGACACGACUACAGGUGGGGCAGCUGAAUUUGCAUCUAUAUCAGAAAGAUGGGGUUAUAGCAGUACAGGGACUCAUAUUGGCAAUGAUGACGGCGCUUACAAAGCAACAAAUUCUUAUGGUCUGAAUGUGACCGGCGAAGGUUUUUACCGAACUGCUCGCCUUGCUCCUCAAUCACUCAAGUACUAUGGCCUGUGCAUGCUGGCGGGCAGUUACAAAGUGCAGCUCCACUUUGCUGAAAUUAUGUUUUCCAAUAAUCAGACUUUUAGCAGCCUUGGGAGGCGGAUAUUUGAUAUAUCAAUUCAAGGGAAGGUAGUUGAGGCAAAUUUCAAUAUUAUGGAGGAAGCUGGAGGUGUUGGUAUUGGCAUCACUAAGGUAUUUGAUGGUAUAAUUGUUAAUGGUAGCACACUGGAGAUACACUUAUACUGGUCAGGCAAAGGUACUACUGCUGUUCCUGACAGGGGUGUCUAUGGACCUCUCAUAUCUGCCAUUACAGUGACUCCAAACUUUAAGGUAGAUAACGGUGGCGGAUUAUCAGUUGGAGCUAUUAUUGGCAUUGUAGCUGCUCCAUGUGUGCUUGCGGCAUUGGUUUUGCUGGUCCUCCGGAAGAAAGGUUACUUGGGAGGGAAGGACCUUGAAGAUAAAGAACUCCGUGCUCUAGAUCUCCAAACUGGUUAUUUCAGCCUAAGGCAAAUUAAACAUGCGACCAAUAAUUUUGACCCUGCAAAUAAGAUAGGAGAAGGAGGAUUUGGUCCAGUUUACAAGGGUAUGUUGUCAGAUGGUUCUGUAAUUGCUGUAAAGCAGUUAUCGGCCAAAUCGAAACAAGGAAAUCGUGAAUUUGUGAAUGAGAUAGGCAUGAUAUCUGCCUUGCAGCAUCCCCAUCUCGUGAAGCUGUAUGGUUGUUGCAUUGAAGGAAAUCAGUUGUUGUUAGUAUACGAAUACUUGGAAAACAAUAGCCUUGCUCGGGCCCUUUUUGGUCGUGAUGAACACCAGAUUAAACUGGACUGGCAAACAAGAAAGAAAAUAUUGUUGGGCAUUGCAAAGGGAUUGGCUUAUCUUCAUGAAGAGUCCAGGCUGAAAAUUGUACACAGAGACAUAAAGGCAACUAAUGUGCUGCUUGAUAAGGAUCUAAAUGCCAAGAUAUCUGACUUCGGUUUAGCUAAACUUGACGAAGAAGAAAACACUCAUAUUAGCACGCGGAUUGCUGGGACAAUAGGUUAUAUGGCUCCAGAAUAUGCUAUGAGGGGUUACUUGACAGAUAAAGCAGAUGUUUACAGCUUUGGGGUUGUUGUUUUAGAAAUUGUCAGUGGGAAGAGCAACACGAAUUACAGGCCGAAGGAGGAGUUUGUUUAUCUUCUUGAUUGGGCCUAUGUCCUGCAAGAGCAAGGAAACCUUCUAGAGCUUGUGGAUCCAAGCCUUGGUUCAAGCUACUCAAAAAUAGAGGCAUUGAGGAUACUUAACUUGGCUCUCUUGUGCACCAACCCAUCUCCCACUUUGAGGCCAUCAAUGUCUUCUGCAGUGAAGAUGCUUGAGGGUCAAAUUCCAGUCCAAGCUCCAAUAGUCAAGCGCAGUACCAUGGACCAGGAUGCAAGGUUCAAAGCCUUUGAGCUUCUCUCACAUGAUAGCCAAACACACGUCUCAAAUGGAUCUCAAAGCAGUCAGAUACAGAAAAGCAUAUCAAUGGAUGGACCGUGGAUGGAUUCUGAAUUUUCUAUCCAAAGUAAGGAUGAGAUCAUAGAUUCCUCAUCGACCAAGCUUCUUAAGGAUCUUUACGACGUCAACUUAGAUUGAUCAAAGGAAAUUGAUGAAAUAGUCCCUCCCUUUCUUUUGGUCUGGUAGUAUUCGGAGUUUGCAAAUAGGAUUUCUGAGUAAUCAAGUCAUACAUUUAAAUGAUUUGUUCUGGUAUAUGUUGAUUCUUUUGUUAAGAAAUAAAAAACAUUGGAGAGCUUGGUCUUUCGAAUUGGCAUUGUCA